AUGUCCUUUCUGGCGCCCAGCAAGAGUUCGACCACCAUCAGCCAGGGCUGGAUCUCCUCCAGCGGGAUCCAGAGGAGCCGAAGCGAAGUGGUCAUCAGCAGGGGCUUCAAGCCCAGCGACACCAAGAACCCGAGCAAGACCAAGUUUCUGACAGACCUCUCGCAGAAGAUCUGGGGCCGAUCUCUGGAAGCUAGUGGACACAGAGUUAAUAUCGAAGAUGGACUCCACAGCAAAGCAAUUGAUCUUGAAAAAUUGUUCACCCCAGCAUCAGACUCAGGAGAAAUUACACCUUCUAGGAGUAGAAAAGUCUAUGCAUCUUCAAGUUUCUAUUCUCCGCACCACCCAACAAUGGAGGAACAAGUUGAACUGGCUCGAAGAAUCUCUCAUUCUUUGAGCGAUAUCAGCAAUCGAGAAAGCAAAGGGCAGUCUAUGUAUGUUAAUAGAAAGAAGAGAUCAGUAAAGUGGGUACACGCAGGUGAAGGACUUAUACCAGAACCAGAAAUUGAAAAUAUUAAUCCUUCAUUAAAAAAGGAAUCUAAACCGCCUUUAAAAUUGGUAAUGAAUCCUAGAGGUCAAGUACAAGAUUUCUCGAUGCUUAAGAAACAGGGAUUUGUUGUCGAUCCUUUGGCUCCGAUGAGCCCAGAUGUAUGUUUCGAUUUGGUUCGAGAUCUCAAUGCACCGCGAGGAAAAGGUGCAGAACUAUUUGCAAAGCGACGUAAGAAGUCAGAAAAUUGGAUCAUAGAUGAGAACAACGUGAAGACUCCUGAAGCAACAAUGAUGCAACCGCCUCUGAGCAAACUCCCACCGCCAUCUUAUCUGCAAGGCUCAGCUCAGAGAGCGGAAAAUGUUCAGAAAAUGAAUCAAAUUCAGGAAAAAUUUUCACAACCGAGGCUGAAAUUGAUCAAAUCUCCUUGGGAAGCAGCGCUUGAAGGUAGUGUAGAAUCAGCUUUCCAAGAAGUGAGGCAGUCUCCCCGUGGGAUCCUGAUGGCUCCGACACCGACAACACUGAAACGUCUCACUACACCACCACCACCGUCACCGCCGAUCAUUAAAGAUGAAUUGUACAAACCCAAAACUCCGAAAGCUUGGAAUCCACAGGGCCCGUGCAAAAGUUUCAGUUCCGUGAAGCUGGAAAAAAUCUUUGCUGGAUCCCCAAGAUCUCCAAUCAGUUUGGCCUAUGAUCCAGAAACAAACAGAAUAUGUACUGAGCCUGUGAUUGUUGAAAACAUACCUCCUAUUGCAACUGAACUAUCAGGAUAUGAAGUUUUUGAUGAAUCAAUCCUUCAGGCACCAAAAACCAGGAAACCCCAUGAAUUUCUCAUAUAUGAGCCAAUCGUUUCUAAAACCAUGGAAGCUUCUAAUACAAAAAAAGAGGAUCGUGCUAUUGUGCAAAGUAAUAAUAUCACAUCGUUACAGAAAGAAGACAGCAAAAUACUUCAUGAUGAAAGCAAAAUAGUGCAUGAUGAAAGCAAAAUACUGCACGAUGAAAGCAAAAUAUUACAUGAUGAAAGCAAAAUGCUGCAUGAUGAAAGCAAAAUAUUACAUGAUGAAAGCAAAGUGCUGCAUGAUGAAAGCAAAAUACUGCAUGAUGAAAGUAAAAUGUUUGAUGAAAGCAAAAGAAAAAAAGCCUCACAAACAAUAGAAAAAAAAGUAACAUUUCGUUUAAAUGAAGAAAUUGAAACAUCUUCUAUUGAUACGAAUUCAGAAGAGAUCUAUGAAGAGCAGCACUCGGUUCCUGCACAAAAUUUGCCUUAUGUUGGUUUACCAGAACAGAGGCGAUCUUCAAAAAGUGAUGAACCUGAAAGUGACGAUAAUUUAUUAAGCAAAUCACAAGAGGUACACAAUAUUAUUAAAAAUCACAGUUUUGCAGAAGAAAUUAAACCUUCUGAAACAGCUGGAUUGCCAUUGGUAUCUAGUUACAUCUCUGAUAGUACAUCCUCGACUGCUGUAAGUAGUAACACACACUUCUCUCAAGAGAGCCAAGUAUCACAAAAAACAGAUUGUUUCAGUCAUUUACAAUUUGAGCAAGAGAGUAAAUCUGCAGAUGAAGAAGUUGAAGAUCUGUGUGAAAGAGAGUUUAAUGAACUGAGCUUAGAAUAUGAAAAAGUACAAAAGUAUGAAGUUAAGAAACCUGCUGCACAAGUACCUGGGGCAGUUCCAAUAUUUGCUGGUGUCGAUUUCAGUGGAAUAAACAAGCCAGAACCUGCCGUUCACGUUGAGAAAAAGUCGUUUAGAAAACCUGGAUCCCUUGUUCCUGGUGCCAAACCCUUGUUUGGGAGUGCUAUUGGGGAUAUUCAUGUUUCAAUAAAUGAAUCAGAUGGACCUGAUAAACCUUAUGAAAAAAUACCAGUGAAAAGUUUAAUUAAUACGUUUGAACAAAGCACAAGGCCCCAAAUGAGAUAUAAACAAAUGCAGGAUAAAAUACCCGAUGCCGUUUCACCAAAUAAAUUCCUUUAUAAAGAAGUACACAAUGAACAGAAAGUAGAAUUUGAAGAAAAAGUUAAAAAAGAAGAAGUCAGUUUUUCUUCCUUAACAGAAAAUUUAUCGUAUGAUUCUUCUUCAAGAACAAACCUGGAAUUUUCAAGAGAUACUGUGAAAGAUAAAAUUGACAAUAUGGAUGAAGAAGAAAUUCAGCGAAUUCAACAACACUAUGAGCUUCAAAAACAUAAAAAGGAGAUUUAUGAUCAACAAAUGCAAAAAUACAAAGAAGAAAUGAAAAAAUUGAGGUCUACCAAGGUUCAAGUGAAAGAAAGUGUGGAGAAAAGUACAAAUAAAUUUCAUGAAAAAGAGACUUAUGUUUCAAAGCUUCCGGCUUAUGAACAACAAAAUUUUAAUAAAGGAACUUACAGAGAAGACCAAAACAGUUUAAUGCCUAGGAGUGAAGAAAGUGCUCCUAUAGUGCAGACUGCUUCGUAUCAGCCGGCAGCUUAUUCUUCCACAUCGCAAGUGACACAUUUAAAUUAUUCUGGCUUGAACAACUUCAACACAGCACCUCGCGGCUGGCAGAAAAGCAUGUCAUAUUACAGGCCUGUUAAAUUCAACCAGACCUCUCCUGGGGUUACCGACUUCUAA